AUGUUGAGCUGGGUGGUUAAAGUCGUUCCGCAGCCGCCUGAGCCGCCUUCCAAAAAAGUCGAUGAGAAGAAGGAGGAGCAACCAGUCGCAGCCCCGCCCCCGGGACAGGCCCCUCCCCAAGUCGCAGCUCCUCCUCCUGCUACAUCUGCAAAACCUGCACAAGAGAAGAAAGUGACGUUUCAGGAAGAGAGUAAAAAUGAAGCUUCAAAAGAUCCAAAGGAUCCAGAAGCCGAGGGCAACGGCUCUCAGCCCGGCGUGUUGACGUGGAUCAGCGCAGCUAUGCCUCAACCUCCAGCCUCACCUAAACUGAGCCCGGACAGCACCACCACGACCUCCACCAUGACCUCUACCACGACCUCCACCACGACCUCCACCACGACCUCCACCAUCCCCCCUGCCCCGGAGGAAAACCCAACAGCCAGGAAGGGGAUGUUGGCGUGGUUCGCUCAGGGUUUGGAGAAAGUUGUUCCUCAGCCUGAUUUGAAGAACAAAGACUCUGCUGAGGCAGCAGCUGCUCCAGCAGAGCCUCAGGUCAAUGUGCGACAAGACAGAGACGACAUGACUGACAACAAGCCUUUCCCACCCAGGAUGAUGGACUGGAUAAAACAGGGGAUAGAGAAGGUGGUUCCUCAGCCAGAGAUCAGUGUUAACUCAAAGACUGAAGCUCCUGCUUCCACUGAAGCUCCACCUCCAGAACCACCACCAGCAGCUGACACUGCGAAGUCGUCCAAAGAAGCAGAGCAGCAGCCGAAUAUGAUGGGCUGGAUCUUCAGUGGCAUCGGUCGCAUGAUUCCUCAGCCUGUACAGAAGCAGGACACAGGCUGUGAAGUGCAGAACAUUAGCAUCGUGCAGCAGAGGACAGACCUGGUGCUGGAGGACGUCGGACAAGAGGAGGACGCAGAGGAGAAGAAGAAAGAGGAAGCAGAGAAGCAGGUGGAUCAACCAACUUCCAGCCCCAAGGAGGAGGCAGGAGAAGCAGUUCUCGCUCACAUGGAUGAAAGAGUGCAGCAGGAGCUUCUGGAGGUGGCCCGGGUCGCGGAGGACAUCGCCAGGAAGGCAGCGGAGGAGGCAGUCCGCCAGCUGGAGAUGGAGCAUUCAGCUAAGAUCGUGAUAGAAACCCUACCAGAGUCCAUCGAGCAACUGCCCAACAUCCUGGAGGAGGAAAAUGAGGAAGACCCUGAGUGCAUACCGGUCGUCUGUCCAGCUCAAGAUGAUACUGAUGCUACGAGUGCAGUGGACAAAGCCGAGGCUGUUGCAGAGACCAUCCAACCGCCCACCAAAUCCAAACCACCGGAGGAAAAGACUCCAGCAUCGACAGAUGUGGAACCAGCAUCGAAGAGGAGAGGACCGGACAGUCCCGUCCCACAGCCGGUCACCCAGCAGCCACAGCCACAAGCUCCACAGGUACAAACUUUCUUCUUCUUUUAGGGAAGCAAAGCAGCAGCAGCAGCAGACGAGGGGGGGUGUGGAGCUCCGACGCUGAAGGUGGAGGAUGUGGAUCAGGAUGUGAGGCAGGGAACAGGCCUGAGCAUCCCCCAUAUUAUGACAACCCUAGAACCAGAGUCCACGGCUCUGACUGUCCCUAACGUGCCCCUGUCCAACCUCAGUUCUGAAGAUGAGAAUGAUGAUGAGCUGAUGAGCACUGAUCUCAGGACCUGGCCCGGUCAGGGAGAUCUACUGACUGCAGAUGACGAGAUGCGUCCUCUGUCAGCCGCCAGCGUCGGCAGCGUCGUGAUCCAGGAUCGUCUGAGCGAACUCGUCAAGCUGUUCAGGGGUCGAACUGAGCGUCAGAAAGACCGACUGGUGGACCAGGACGAUUCGGAAGGAGAAAGUCCAACAGCCUCCCCGAGCAAAGCUCCACCUCCCCCUCCUCCACCAGAGGAGAAGAAGGAAGAAGGGGCAGCAGAAAAGAAAGAAGAAGAAGACGAAGAAGAAGAAGAGUCAGUGUUCCAGUUUAAACUUCUGGGACACCCAGUACAAAUUCCCAAACUGCUCAAUCUUCCCCCGAUGCCCUACUGGCUGCGAGCCAUCGUGGAGUACCGCUUCCCCUCCAGCAUCGACCAGUUCACCGACCUGAUCUAUGUCUUCUGGCUGUUCUUCGUGGUGGCGGCGUGGAACUGGAACAUGUGGCUGAUUCCGGUCCGCUGGGCGUUUCCCUACCAAACCCCCGAGAACAUCCACCUGUGGCUGAUGGUCGACUACACCUGCGACCUCAUCUACAUCACAGACAUCCUGGUGUUCCAGCCCCGACUGCAGUUCGUCCGUGGAGGAGACAUCGUGUGUGACAAAAAGGACAUGAGAGAAAACUACAUGACGACCGAAAGAUUUAAGAUGGACGUCAUCAGUCUGUUUCCUAUGGAGAUAUUUUACUACUUCACAGGCGUUAACUCUCUGCUGAGGUUCCCUCGUCUGCUGAAGUACAUGGUUUUCUUUGAGUUCAACGACAGAAUGGAAGCUGUGAUGAAGAAAGCCUACAUCUACAGGGUGAUCCGAACCUCCAUGUACCUGUUGUACUCUCUGCACAUAAACGCCUGUCUCUUCUACUGGGGCUCGGACUACGAGGGACUGGGAUCCACCAAAUGGGUUUAUAAUGGACAAGGAAACGCGUACAUCCGUUGUUACUACUUUGCCGUGAAGACCCUGAUCACCAUCGGGGGUCUGCCCGACCCCACCACCGUCUUUGAGAUCUGCUUCCAGCUCAUUAACUACUUUGUUGGCGUCUUUGCUUUUUCUAUCAUGAUCGGUCAGAUGAGAGACGUGGUGGGAGCAGCGACAGCCGAUGAUAACUAUUACCGGGCCUGUAUGGACAGCACCGUUCAGUACAUGAACUCGUACAACAUCCCCCGAGAAGUUCAGAACCGAAUCAAGACCUGGUACGACUACACCUGGAAGAUCCAGGGCAUGCUGGACGAACAGGAGCUGCUGAUCCAACUUCCUACUAAGAUGAGAAUGGACAUCGCUGUGGACGUCAACUACGCCAUCGUCAGUAAAGUCGCCCUUUUUCAGGGCUGUGACAGACAGAUGGUGUUCGACAUGCUGACGAGGCUCAAAUCUGUCGUUUACCUGCCCGGAGACUUUGUCUGUAAAAAGGGGGAGAUUGGCAGGGAGAUGUACAUCAUCAAGCAGGGGGAGGUCCAGGUGGUGGGCGGUCCUGACCUGCAGAUCGUGUUUGUCACCAUCAGAGCCGGCUCGGUGUUCGGAGAGAUCAGUCUGUUGGCGGGAGGCGGAGGCAACAGACGAACGGCCAACGUGAAAGCUCACGGAUUCGCUAACCUCUUCAUCCUGGAUAAGAAAGACCUGGCGGAGAUCCUGGUUCACUACCCAGAGUCUCAGAAGCUGCUCCGCAAGAAGGCCAAGAAGAUGUUGACGAAGGACUCGAAGCCGGAUGAGAAGGACGGAGGUAAAGGGGCAGUGGAGGUCAUCCCCCCCCGACCGGACACGCCCCAGAUGUUCAAGGCGGCGCUGAAGGUGGCGGAGCAGGCGGGGAUAGAGGGAACCUUCGUCAAACUGAAGAAGACCUACAAAGCGACUCAGGGCACAGAGGGGUCCUCCUCCAUCUCUCCCCUCCCGCCUCCCUCUCCCACACGCCACCGCUCUCCGGUCCCUCACUUCCUGGUGAAGGACGAAGACGACGCGGUGGCGGAGACAGCCGACAGCUCCGUGGUCAUCAGGAUGACGCCGCGACAGGAAGGCGAGGAGAUGCUGUCCGUGGAGGUGCGGCCCGAGGAGGGAGGAAAGGAGUGA